AUGGACCUGGGCCCUUGGAGGCUUGCAAGCUGUGAAGGAUCCCCUGGGAUCUUGAUUUGCAGCCUUGUUUCAGAAUCACCGGCAGCUGACAUCAUCAUCAUGCAGACUCGAGCAUCAGCCGUCGUCUACCUUAGCGCUGCGCGAAGCUUCUCAGGACCCUCACCUGUGCAAGAGCACACGGCUGAGGUGGCUGAGUUACUGGAGGACGAGGACCCUGGGAUUCGCUUUUGGGCACUGGAGACCUUGGCGAACCAGGGCUUCGCCUCGGCACCCCAGGCCGCAAAGCUUCAGAAAGCUCUGGAGGACUCUGAUCCCAACUGCCGGGUAGCUGCGGCCAAUGCCGUGUCCAAGGCAGCGCCGGAACUGCAGGAGGAGGCUGCAAAAGUCUUGGCCCGAGCGCUGAACAAGCACGAGGACAAAAUCUUCCGCAAGAGCGGUGCGGAGGGCCUUGGCUAUCUCGGGGAGGCGGCCAUGAAGUACCUUCCGCAGAUCAUCACCACUCUCCAGCAAGAUGACUACCCGUUGGCACGUUCGGCCGCGGCUGCUGCGCUGGGCCAACUGGGUGCCGCGGCCGUGGCCAAGGCCGCUGAGCCUCUGGCCCAGAGACUCAGCGACGCCGAGCAGGACGUGCGGGGAGCCUGCCGUGGCUCUCUUCGGAAGCUGGACGUGGCGAUGGUCACGUUCCCAGCAUGCACCCUGAAGCUGUCAGACACGUAA